AUGGAACCAAGCAUCUCAAUGGAAGGGAACAGAAAUUACACCUCAGUGGUUGUGUUUGUUUUCAUAGGGCUCACAGAUGAAAAGGACCUGCAACUGAUUCUCUUUCCAGUCUUCCUAGUGAUCUAUCUUGUGACCUUAAUGUGGAACCUUGGUAUUAUCCUCCUAAUCAGGAUGGACUCCAACCUGCAAACACCUAUGUACUUUUUUCUCAGCUUUUUGUCUUUUAUUGACAUUUGUUAUUCUUCUUCCAUCACCCCAAGGAUGAUUUCAGAUUUCUUCAAAGAUGAAAAAACUAUUUACUUCAUUGGUUGUGCCACCCAGUAUUUUGUUGGGUGUUGGAUGGCUCUUUCUGAGUCUUGCCUCUUGGCCGCCAUGGCCUAUGACAGAUACGUGGCCAUUGGUAACCCCCUGCAGUACUCAACUAUCAUGGCACCUGAAUUCUGUCAGAAGAUGGUUGCUGGGGCCCUUGGAACUGGUUUAAUCUGUAGCUUAACUGAAGUAAUCUCUUGCUUUAAUCUCCACUAUUGUGGACCAAAUGUCAUUCAACAUUUCUUUUGUAAUUUACCCCAGAUUGUUACCUUGUCCUGCUCUGAUCCUUCCACCACUCAAGUGAUUGUUUUUCUUGUCGCUCUAGUUGUUGGAUUUGGUUCUUUGCUCAGUAUCCUUUUAUCCUACUGUUUCAUUGCUGCUUCCAUCCUGAAAAUAUCCUCCGGGAAAGGUAGUGCCAAGGCCUUCAAUACCUGUGCCUCCCAUUUGGCAGUUGUGACACUCUAUUAUGGCACAGCCCUGGCUGUGUACAUGCGUCCUACUUCUAGUCACCCUGAUAAGCAGGACAAGGUACUUUCAGUGUUCUAUAUUAUCAUUAUUCCCAUGUUAAAUCCUCUUAUCUAUAGUCUGAGGAAUAAAGAGAUCAAAGAAGCCGUGAGAAGGGUGAUGAAGAAGGUGAGACAUUUUCCCCCAUAA